CUCUAGCUUGCUUCCGUGUUUAGUAACGAUCGAAGUGAAAAGAAAAUAUGUGUGAAAAAUCAAGGAGAGAGAGGUUUAUUUCUUGAGACAGCUGGUAGUUAUGUCAGUAGACGAGGAGCAAGGCCUUGUCGAAGUUCUCUAUGAUUAUUCCUAUGAGGAUGACAAUGGAACGGUGACUAUAGUGACUGGGGAGCAGUAUGCGCUCCUCGAGCAAACCAACACAGAAUGGUGGCAGGUUAAACGAAGUGACCAGCAUGGGGAGACGACUUUUUACGUACCAGCUCAGUACGUGCGGAUUAUAUCCCAGGACGAUGCGGGCAUUUAUUGCAAUCAGGAUACGUUUGCCGCCAAGGAUGUGAACGAUAACUCAGGGAGGACCACGCCCCUUGACUAUCACAGGGGUUCCCCCAGUAUUGAAGUGUCAAAUGGGGACAGGCGAGGACUUCUCCCCCUAAAUAUUGGUGGUGAGGGUCAUUCCGUGGAGGUGCAGUAUGCUAACCUGGACGAUUAUCGAGUGGAGGCAGGAAUUCGACAACCAGUUAGUGAAACAAAACAGCAUGAACCCAUCGAAUAUGCUAACCUGCCAUUGGCUGGAGAGGGAGAUAACUCUGUUCCCUCACUGCCAGCAGAAGGAGACUCCGGUCGGAGGCUAGUUGAUUAUCUCCCCUGGUAUAUCUACAAUGAGCAUGGACCAGGAAGACCCUAUUAUAUCAAUGUAGACACAGGCGAGAGGGCCUUCAAACCCCCUAGGCAUAAAAAUCAGAAAAUUGCGGAGAAACUGUCACCAACUUUACCAAAGGUGAACUUUGACCUAACUGGGAGCAUAUUUCCAAGAGACUCGGAGUAUGAUGAAGUGAAAGAUGAUGGGAAGGUUUUUCACGUCCACAAAAAGACAAAAGACAAGUAUGAGAAGAUUAGGAACGAGUCUGGGGAUGAAUUUUUCUGCCAUGUCAAAACAGGAGAGACAUUCUGGCAGCUACCUUCAGAACACAGUUUACGAGUUCAUAAUGGCGAAACAGUGGACGAGAAUCGGAACCGACAGAUGAGCCAAUCAAUGAGGAUAUCGAAGGCUAAGUCGCUGUGCGAGGGUAUGGACUUCAUGAAGGGAGCCAACUUCGCUGCCAAGUCUUCCACGCUACCACCAAGCUUUUCCUACACAAACAGUUUAUCGGCAAAUGACAUUCCUCAAUCUACCCAGCCACAGCCAGUGUCGCCCACCAUUAGGUUUGAUACUGGUGAUACACCUCCCUCCAGCAAACCUAGGCCAUCCUCGCCUACCAUUAGGUUUGAUGAUCAGCUGACGGGAACACUGAACAAAGCCAAAAUAGUUGAUGUUGGUAAACGAGUCAAGAAGAACUGGAGCCAGUCCUAUGUGGUCCUCCAAGGCUCAAACAUCAUCUUCUACAAGGACCAGAAGGCCUCGAUGCAUCGACCUGGCUCCCCUCAUGGCAAGCCCGAUUUCAUCAUCAGUCUGCUUGGCGCUAAAAUCAACUUCAGCCAAAACACGGAGGUCACAAGCAAGAGAAAUGUCAUCACGUUGACGGCCAGCAGCAACACCCAGUACCUGCUGCAGUGUGAUGACGAAGCAAUGUCCAGAAACUGGUUCUUCCGUCUCAAGGUCGCAGCAAAUGACCUUAAGGAAGAUGUAGGUUCACAGCCAUCAACCAGUAAAGGUGGCAAGGAUGAGAAGAAACUAGAGAAGAAACCAGAGCCAAGUCCCACAGACAAGAGCAUGAUGAGGAGCCAGUCAGUGGACGAAGCACCAGGUAUUAGCCAGGAGAGACACGCGUCCUUCAAUGCCACAUACUUCCGUAUUCGGGACAAACUGCGCAGCCUCAUCACGCGGCGACCCCUGCAGGAAGAUUUGGUCAAACGAGGCAUUAUCAAAGACCGUGUGUUUGGGUCUGAUCUCCGAGAGCUGUGCGCAAGAGAGCAUAAUACUGUACCGACGUUUGUGGUGAAGUGCAUCAGUGCUGUGGAACAUAAAGGUUUGGACCAUGAUGGAUUGUACCGAGUGAGUGGAAAUCUGGCUGAGAUACAGAAGUUGAGAUUCAUUGUAGAUAAAGAGGAGACAUACAGUCUGGAUGAUGAGAGCUGUGAUAUUAAUGUCCUGACAGGCUCACUAAAACUUUUCUUUCGGGAACUGAAAGAACCUCUGUUUCCUUUCGACAUGUUUGAUAGAUUCACAGCAGCCAUAAGGAAGGAGAGGAACUCCCAGAAGCUGCAGGCUUUCAAGGAACUGGUGUCGGAGCUUCCAACAUGCAACUAUCACACUAUGAAGGCCCUCUUCCAACAUCUCACAAACGUCAUCGCUCACAGCAAGGAGAACCGCAUGCAGACACAGAACGUGGCGAUAGUGUUUGGUCCGACGUUGAUGUGGUCGAACGGGGAGGCUGGCGGCAUGGCGGUGAUGACCAUCAUUCAAAGCAAAGUGGUAGAAUAUGUCCUGCUGGAGUAUGACAGACUGUUUCCUUAGCCAAUCACAUCACAGGUUACAAGACCUUUGGCCAAUCAGUCUCAAGACAGUCAUGUGUCAUUAGUUUUGGAAUUAGUGACAGGUAGACAACUGAGUUCAUUCUGCCGAGAGUGUAAUGGUUGUAGAAACAGACACACACAUGUGUCAUGGUGAAUGCUUGUUAUUGAAAAUAGAUCCCAGGAUCCCAGGAUCGUUCUUAGGCUGACUUUGAGAAAGCAUUACACUGUUUAGUUAGUGACAGUUGUAAGUGUUUCAUGUUUCAAAGUAUUCCAUACUUCAGAAAUCGACGAGUUCUUCCACAUUAAACCUUCAUUGUUGGGUUUUUUGAUUCAACACUGUUGGUGAGAUGAGUGUUAAAAUGAUUUAUACCAUAUCAGAGGAAGGGUUUCUCUACGAAUAUGUCAUAUUGUUUAACACAGCUCCGACACAGCAUGGGUUAUUGUCACAGCAUCUGCACUGUAAUCUGCCGAGAAUUAUAUUCAGAUAAUCUAUACUCCCAGGUACCCAUUAGACAGGUAUCUGUACAACUAGGUACCCAUUAUGCAGAUAAAUUUACUCCAGGCUUCCCACUGUACAGAUAACUGUCCUCCCGGGUACCCACUAUACAGAUGACUGUACUCCUGGCUACCAAGUAUACAGAUGAAUGUACUCCCGGGCACCCAAUAUACACAUAACUGUACUCCCAGGUACCCUUAGAUGACUGCACAGGGAUGCUGUUACUAGAGCUGUCAUGAUUCACUGAAGAAUGGAUGUAUCAUGGUACAUGGGAUACGUAGGAUAUGGGAUACAUGAUACUUGAUACCAGUCAUGUGAUAUGUGAUACAAGUUUAACAUGAUACUUGGGUUAUAAGAUUUAUGUGAUAAAUGUUAUGUGUGAUAAGUGAUAUAUUUAACAAUGUUAGAAAUAUAACACUCACAGUGACAUAUCCCAUAACACUGAUGCUUACGUACCCUAUAUGCAUAGUUAUUGCAGCUCUUGUACACAUACCCUGUGCAGAAAGUCUGGCUAUCACCAAACUGCGAUAAACCCAUGUUUCUGUAGGUGCGUCCUUCCUCGCAUGUUGUUGGGGAAAUAGUACUAACCUCUCGAUUGUUACGAUAUAUAUUAUGUAUAGAGCUGUUGAUUGUACCAGUGGCCCGUUGAUCUAAUCAUGCCUGCCAUAUUGAAGCGGUCACACACAUCACAACGAAGAUGACCCCUUGUUGACUGGAAUUCUGGGAAAUUAGUGUCAGCAAUAAGUUUUGAUUUUUAAACAUUCCAGAUAUUCUAAACAGAUAACUCUGAUUAAAAUGAUGUGAACAUUCCAGACAAAUGCUAGAUAUAGCAGAUAUAGUUUUGGACUAUUCGAGUACGGCAAGGUAUGUUUCAUAAGACCAAAGCAAAUUCUUUACAUGGAUCAGCCUGUCUUGAAUUUUAUGAAUAUAUGAAACUUAAUAGUGCUGUCAAUUGAUUAAAAGUGCAGAUGUCAGCACCUUCUGCAUAAAUUGUUGUUUAAAUCUUUAAUUUAUGUAUGUUAACCAAGAACCACAGAGUUUUUCUGGAAUCAUGGUUGUACUGAAUUCUACUGUUUAAAUAUUAUCAUCCGAUUUAAAACGAUUUCACAUUUAGACAGAAGAAUAUUGAUCUACAAACAACCUGCUCAAAUAAACAUAUUUUUAUUAAAGAGAAUCACAGAGAAUGUGAGGUAAUGUGUUUUUAGAAAUAAUCAUUUGGAUAAUUGAGUCGAUGUUGAUCUGCGGAGGAUUUAGAUGACAAACAUUUAAGCCAUGUCUUGGCUAUUGAUUGAAACUUAUGAUUGUACAUAACUUUUGUAAAUCACUACGCAUGUAGGUGUUGAUCACAUAUAUAAUUGUGCAAUAUGCUUAGUUGACAGGUACAACAUUUCUAGGGUGGUAGCACCAACGUCAGGGCAAGUUCCAACACACACCUGAAACAUGAGCUGUUGAUAAAGAUAUGAAGAACUAACGCCUAUCAUGCCUGAGAUUCACGAUAUCUUGUUACCCUGAGAGGGUGGUGGGGAGCAGUUGUUUAGGGCGCUGCAAGUUUACUUUGCAGAGUUGUGUCCCUUGAACACACCAACACCAUACCUGUGGUCAUGGGUUUCACUAAAGUGGUAAACAUGUUACACCUACAUCAGUUUGGGAUUUAAACCCAACUCACUCACUAAUACCUUAAUUAUCAAUGCUUAUGUCAGCAGCAUUUAUUCGAAUCUUUUACUCUGUGACACUUCUUGGCGAUAAGGUCUGCAUGGCUACCAGUGACUACAUAGGACGUGUGACGAUCAAAGUUCUCAAUUUCCAAGAUGAUUCUGAGCAGUACAUCUACUGUGCCUCAUGUGUACUGGGGUGGAAAUAACCCAUUGCCC